AUGCAAUUUGCCAAUAAGGAUGAACUCAAGGAAGCUAUUAGGGAGUAUACAAUUGUACAAGGGAGGAAUAUUAAAUUGGAAAAUCCUGAGUGGGAUGUAGGGGCAUUCAAGGCUGAGGUUUUAGAAAAGUGCCAUAUGAAUAUUUCAAAGCAUCAGAUUUAUAGAGCAAAGAACUUGUGCAAGGUGAUCAUUGAAGGUAGCUAUGUGGAGCAAUAUGCGAGGCUAUGGGACUAUGCAGAAGAAUUGAAGAAGGCUAACAAGGGCAGCACUGUGAUUAUAAAGAAUAAGAUGAAGGGUAAUAAACCUGUGUUUGAAAGAAUUUAUGUGUGUUUGGAAGCUUGUAAGCGGGGAUUUUUGGCAGGAUGUAGACCUCUGAUUGGUAUAAAUAGCUGCCAUUUAAAGGGACCUUACACAGGGCAAGUUUUAACAACUGUUGGUGUUGAUGGGAAUAAUGGACUGUACCUAGUUGCUUAUACUGUUGUAGAGGUGGAAUCAAAAAGUAGUUGGAUUUGGUUCCUUGAACUUUUGAUUGAAGACUUACAAAUUGAGAAUGGGAAAGCUUGGGUGUUUAUGAGUGACAAGCAAAAAGGUCUAAUACCUGCAAUUGAGACAUUGCUUCCAACAGCUGAGCACAGAAUGUGUGUUAGGCAUCUCUACAACAACUUCAAGACAGAGCAUGCUGGCCUUGCAUUGAAAAACAUUCUCUGGGCUGCAGCAAGAGCAACUACCAUUCCCUGGUAUGAAGUAGAAAUGGACAAGAUGAAAGAGCAAAAUGAAGAGGCAUGGAAGUGGGUUAAGAAAAGACCAGCUAAAAAUUGGAGUAGAUCUCAUUUUGAGCCACAUUCUAAGUGUGAUAUGUUGUUGAACAACCUAUGUGAAUCCUUUAACUCUUGCAUUUUAGAUUUAAGAGACAAGUCUAUCUUAACAUGUCUAGAAAUGAUUAGAGUUUAUAUCAUGUUAAGGAUGGCUAAUAGAAGGAUUGCUGGUACGGUUUGGAGACAUCCAGCUGGGCCUAGGAUUGUCAAGAUCAUUGAGAAGAACAAGUUGGGAGCUAGUCAAUGCAUUCCUAGAUUAGCAGGUGAAAGUAAAUACCAAGUGAGCCAUAUGUAUUCGGGAGAGUAUGCAGUGGAUCUAAAAGCCAAGACUUGCUCUUGUAGAAGAUGA